AUGGAUGAAUACCACUGUAAUGCAUACCCAAUGCUUUCUAUCUCUGCGUCAGAACGUCUACCUUUUCCCCAUGAUCACCAACACUUCGAUGUAGAUUUUCAGUACUCAAACAUGCACGAUUUGAAUGGAAGCAAAUCAGAAGCCUUUGGCAACGUUUUACUCCACAAAUUUCAAAACAUUUCGAAGAAUGAAAUGUUGAAAGAAACAACCAUCGUGUACUGUCUUUCCCGCAUGGGUUUGCCUCAAAAUGCUCACGGUGUCGUGGUCGCAGAAGUGUUACGGUGUGUACGUGACAUGAUUCGUGACACAGCUCACCGACAUAGACUUGUUCUUUGUAUGCGUGUGGAAAUCGGCAUUACUCGUGCAAACCAAGAUGGAAUAAGUGUCAGUGCAAACCAAGAUGGAAUAAAUGUCAGUGCAAAUCAAGAUGGAACAAGUGUCAGUGCAAACCAAGAUGGAAUAAGUGUCAGUGCAAACCAAGAUGAAAUAAGUGCCAGUGUUAUCGACAACGUUAGCGAUGAUGAUCAUUUUGAGGAAGCUGAGGAAUAUGGAUUCGAAGAAGACGAUGAAGAUUAUGGAUUAGUGCCUGCAGACAAGGCAUUUGUUGAAGGUUUGGAGAUGGUUCAACAAAAGGGUUCGGAAAGGUGCGCCAUUUGUUUCGAGGAUUUUCUUUUUGGUGUUCGUAUGCCUUGCUUGCAUGCGUUUCACAAAAGCUGCAUCACUGAGUGGUUGCAAAUAGGAAAUUCUUGCCCUUUGUGUCGCAUUAAUUUGCCUACUCAAAGUGAUUGA